AUGGCAUUGCCGGUCGUUGCGACCGAGCCCACGAACGUCUCCUCCGACGCUGCCCUGCCCGAAGCUUCCAACUUGUCCAAGCACCCCGAACCCGCACAUGCCUUGACUCCACCCACUUCCGAGGACAACAACGCUAGAGUCGACGAUGACGCUUCUUCUGACCUGUCUGAACUGGACCUCGACUUGGACGACGAGGAAGAGGUCGAGCCAGACCACUACUGGGGUGAUGGCAAAGUCCCCGUCUUCAAACCAACAAUGGCACAAUUCCGCGACUUCAAAAAGUACAUUGACAAGAUCGACAAGUACGGCAUGAAAUCUGGUAUCGUAAAGGUUAUCCCGCCCCAGGAAUGGAGAGAUGACCAGCCCGCCCUCGACGAACUCGUCAAGACCAUCAAGAUCAAGAACCCCAUCUCGCAAGAGUUUAUGGGCACACACGGAAUCUACACCCAGGCCAACAUCGAGAAGCAACGCUCCUACAACCUGCCUGAAUGGAAGGCGCUCACUGAAGAAACUCAGUACCAGCCUCCUGCCAGAAGAGGACAGCGUCGCAGAAACCAAGGACAGGCCGCUAGGGGUGCUGCAGCCAAGACUCGCACUUCGGCCAGGACAUCGGCCCCGAAAGAUGCUACUACCAAGAGGAAACCUGGCAGACCUCGCAAGAACCCUUUGAAGAACGAGGUCGAAGACGACGAGGACCAGAACUCGUCCAGAACCAGCCAAGUUCCGCCAACGCCCACAUCACCCCCGAAACCCAAACCAAGAGGACGUCAACCCAAGGCAGGCCAACAGAAGUCUGUUUCGUCUCGCAGAAUGAACAACACUACCGAGACCAACGACGAUUAUGACGAAGCUGCCUUCAAGGAUUUCGACUACCACAUGGACGAUCUGGAUGAGUUCACUGCCGAGCGAUGUGCUGAAUUAGAGACUGCAUACUGGAAGAGUUUAACAUUCGCCCAACCAAUGUACGCUGCUGAUAUGCCUGGUUCAUUAUUCAAGGACGAGUGUGAUGUCUGGAAUGUUGCAAAACUGCCCAACUUGCUUGAUGUGCUUGGAACCAAGGUCCCCGGUGUCAAUACUGCUUAUUUGUACAUGGGAAUGUGGAAAGCUACUUUUGCCUGGCAUCUGGAAGAUGUUGAUCUUUACAGCAUCAAUUACAUUCAUUUCGGAGCACCCAAGCAGUGGUACAGUAUCUCGCAAGAGGACGCCAGAAAGUUUGAGAAAGCGAUGCGAAGCAUUUGGCCUAACGAUUCAAAAGCUUGCGAUCAGUUCUUGCGCCACAAGACUUAUCUCAUCUCUCCAGAAAUCUUGCAGAAGCAAUUUGGCAUCAAGGUCAACAAGCUCGUCCAUUACGAAGGUGAAUUCGUCAUUACAUACCCCUACGGAUAUCACUCAGGAUACAACAUUGGCUACAACUGUGCCGAAUCUGUCAACUUCGCGACCGAAUCCUGGCUCGACUAUGGACGUAUUGCUAAGAAGUGCGAGUGCGAGGCUGACAGUGUCUGGGUUGAUGUCGGUGAAAUCGAGCGUAAGCUUAGAGGUGAACCUACUCCUGAGUAUUACGAAGAAACCGACGAUGACGACGAAGAUGAAAUGGAUCUGGAUAUUGCGACUGAUCUUCCCAGUCCUCCUGCGAGUGUUGCAGGCAAGCCGCAAUCGCAAGCUCGCAAGCGCAAGCGGGACCCCAAGGAGAAGGACGCAGGCAAAAAGAAGAAGCGCAUCAGAAUCCUUAUCAAGGGUCCUCACCGCGAACCUUGUGUCCUCUGUCCGAACGAUCCUCCCAACGAGCCUCUAUUGCCUACAGACAACGGCCAACAAGCGCAUCGCUGUUGUGCUCUCUACACCCCUGAAACCUGGAUUAAUAGCGAGGAUGGAGUUGAGAAGGUCAUUGGUGUUGCUGGUAUCAACAAGGCACGCCUCGACCUCAAGUGCAAUUUCUGUCGAUCUAAGCGGGGUGCUUGCUUCCAGUGUCAAGCAAAGAAGUGCACUAGAGCAUAUCACGCAACUUGCGCGCUUGCUGCUGGUGUACAAAUCGACGUCGGCCCUGUACCAACCUUUGGCGAGGACGGAACUGAGUACUUUGAAGAGGGCAUUGACUUGAGAUGCCGCUUCCAUCGUCCCAAGCGUGCAAAGAAUGUGGAUAUCGAUGCUUUGGAAAACAGCAAGCUCAUCAACACGUUUGCUAGAUCUCUCAAGCAAGGCGAUGCUAUUCAGGCUCAGUACCCAGGCGGCGAUAUUUUCGCAGGCGUCGUCGAGGAAAAUCGCUCAGGUGAAGCAUCGGUUCUUAUCAACAUGCUUCCUUCUGGCGAUCAAGUUGAGGUCGAAUGGAAGUGGAUCCUGGUCUUGGACCCUAUUGAUUCUGAGCGUCCUAAGCCCUCACCAACUGCUAUUCCUAUGCCGGAGGGUAUGAGCAAACAGUCUGUGUCGAUCGAGAACCGCCAGGAUGGUGUCCCCAUGAUGGAUACUCCCUUCCACGAAGACGCAGCCUGGAAGUGGGCCGACUUCCGUAACCUACAGAAUCCUCCUCAAGGCUAUAGCACAGCCGUCAUCAAGAACUCUGAUCAGGUCAAGAUCGACUUGAAGAAGCCUGAUCAACUGUAUUACUACCUGCCAAAGAAGUCGACAGAAGCCAAAGGCAGGUUCACUGACGACCCUAAGGGUCAAAAUCACGUCUUCAUGGGCGACUUCAUGGAGCGCGUCAAGCCUGCUAAGCCUUUCAGACCUGUUGCACCAUCAUACACUGGCGGAUACACUGGUGGUUACACCAUGCCGCAAGUUUCGCGACCUGUGCAAGUGCAGAACAGUGAGCGGCCAUAUAUGUACAAGCCCAAA